AUGGGAGACAAGCACCAGGCCAUUAUUCCGAACAGUGUCAAAUUCAUUUUCGGUGGCACUGCUGGAAUGGGGGCUACUCUUUUCGUGCAGCCUUUGGAUCUUGUCAAAAAUCGAAUGCAACUUUCCGGAACAACAGGAAAGAAAGAAUACCGCUCAAGUUUCCAUGCACUAACCUCAAUUAUCAAAAAUGAAGGUUUCAUGGCUGUAUAUAAUGGGCUCUCGGCAGGUCUUCUACGUCAAGCAACAUAUACAACAACUAGAUUGGGUUGUUAUACGUACAUGCUCGAGCUCUUUUCUUCACAAGAUCAACCGUUGUCAUUUGGCUUGAAAGCCGCAUUAGGAAUGAGCGCCGGAGGCAUCGGUUCGUUUGUAGGAACCCCUGCAGAGCUCGCGCUUAUUCGAAUGACCAGUGAUGGACGUCUUCCCGUAGAGCAAAGAAGAAAUUACACAGGAGUUGUCAAUGCUCUAACAAGAAUUGUUAAAGAGGAAGGAGUCUUGACAUUGUGGAGAGGCUGCACUCCUACUGUAAUGCGCGCGAUGGUGGUAAAUGCUGCCCAACUUGCAACCUACUCUCAAGCCAAAGAGAAGCUUCUCGAGACGAAGCUUGUCCAAGACGGAAUCUUCUGUCAUUUCCUAGCUUCAAUGCUUUCCGGAUUGGCCACUACGAUAGUCUCGAUGCCUGUGGAUAUAGCGAAAACUAGAAUUCAAUCAAUGAAGGUUAUCGAUGGCAAGCCGGAAUACAAGAAUGCCUUUGAUGUCUGGGCCAAGAUCAUUAAGAACGAAGGGGUGUUCGCAUUGUGGAAGGGCUUCACACCAUAUUACAUGCGACUCGGCCCUCACACCGUACUAACCUUCAUCUUCCUGGAGCAAAUGAAUGAUGCUUAUUACAAGUUUGUGCUCCACACGGAGAACACAAGCUCCUUCUAA